AUGAUAUGGAACAAUCACUUACUACUCAUAUUUAUUUUUACAUCCAUAAUAAGUAUUUAUUCUGAUGAAUUAUCUGAUCUAAACAAAAAGUUUAUUUCAACAUACGAUCAUGCUCGUGAUUAUUUAAUCUCAAUAACUAAUCCAUUAAUCAUAUGUAAUGGAGAUAAUGUUAUAAUUAUUCAUCGUGGUAAACGUUAUCAAGAACAAGUCAUACCUAAAUUAUAUCAUGAUUUAAAAUCAAUAUCACAUAUGCCAUUCAAAAUCUAUCUAACAGUUAUGUUUAAUUUAGGAAUAUUAUCUGAUGAUAACUAUACUGAGCUAAAACAAUAUCUACAGGAUAUUCGUUCUAUUCGAAAUUCUAUUCAAUUUCCAACAGAUAUUCAACAGACUCAAUAUGAUAUCAUUGAUCUCUCAAUAGAAUAUUUAGAAACAAUUUUAAAAACAAAAUUUAUUGAUCAAACUCAGCUGAAUGAAUUUUGUCAACAAGCACGACAUUUAUUUUCAGUUAAUAUUGAUUUAGCUGCACGUGCACAACUUGAUAUGCUUGAUACAAAAAUCAGACCGUGGUAUGAAGAACGUUUUAAUGAUACAGAACGAAAUAGAUUGAAAAUACUAAUUAUGGGAUCCAAAACUGCUCGAGAUGGCUUUAUUGAAAAAACUUAUUUUUAUAGAUUACUUGGAGAACGACAAGAAGGAAAUCAUAUUAUUUAUGUAGAAGAUGCUAAUAAUGAACAAAGAGCGUUAGAAAUCUUAGGUGUAUGGGUUCUAGAUGCAAAAGCUAGUGCAAGUUUUUUUAAUGGUGAUAGUGAACGAUUACAUCGAGAUGUAUUAGCUGAUGCAGGAACUUACUUUUCCAUGAAAUAUUAUAUUUUGUUUUACCUUUCAGCUGUAUCUGUAACUAUCUUCGGUGCUGCAUCAUUAAUUGGUUUCAUUUAUUAUCUUGAUCAAAAUAAAGCAAAAAAACGUAAAGUACUUCAACGUGCAGCAGUAGGUAAAAUGGCUAUUGGUGGUCCAUUUUCGUUGAUAACACAUGAAAAAAAACCAGUUACCGACAAAGAUUUUCAUGGUCAAUGGAUAUUAAUUUAUUUUGGUUUUACUCAUUGUCCUGAUAUAUGUCCAGAAGAAUUAGAAAAAUUAGCUGAAGUAACUGAACUUCUUCAUAAACAAAAAAGUAAACAAAAUUAUCCAUUUCAACCACUUUUUGUUUCCGUUGAUCCUGAACGUGAUACACCUGAAUUAGUAUCAAAAUAUAUUAAAGAUUAUUCACCACAUUUUAUUGGUUUAACUGGAACACGUGAUCAAGUUGCUGAUAUGUGUAAACAUUAUCGUGUUUAUUUUAGUCAAGGACCAAAAGUAGGUGAUGAUUAUAUUGUUGAUCAUGCUAUUGUGAUGUAUUUAAUCAAUCCAAAUGGAGAAUUUGUUGAUUAUUAUGGAAGAAAUAAGAAUGCAAAAGAAGUAGCAUAUGCUAUUGAACAACAUAUGAAUGCUUUUAAAGAAUCAAAUAAAUAG